AUGAGGGCCAAACCGCGACGAAGUGGUCACGCUGGAGGACGAGCUUCUUCGUCUUUUACCACCUCUUUGUGCGCGCGACGCGCCCUUUUAUUCACCGCUGCUCUGACCUCGGUCGCGAAUGCGUCCCAAAACCACCAACACCCUCGUCCUUUCCACGAGGCGGCAUCGUCGUCGAUCUCGUCUUCUAAACGAAAAGUUCUUCUUCCGAUAACUCCGGACAACUUCCUCGGCGCGAUCGCGGAGUGCCUCGAGGAAGAUUCAAACGGCUCGUGCCCGAAAUACGGAGAAGAGAGCAAAUACGGGGAGAUGAAAGAUUGGAACGUGAGCGAAGUCACGGACAUGGACUACGGGUUCCACAAGCAAGAAUCGUUCAACGGGGACGUGUCGAGAUGGGACACGUCGUCGGUGACGAGCAUGAGAGAGAUGUUUAGCGGGGCGAGAGAUUUUAGUCCCGAUACGAAGAAAGGCUUGGGGAGUUGGGACACGUCGAGCGUGGAAGAUAUGGGAUCGAUGUUUAGCGAAGCGUCGAACUUUAACGGGAAAGGAUUGGCGAAGUGGAACGUCGGGAAGGUGAAAGAUAUGAGUUUUAUGUUGAAAGACGCGGUGUCGUUCGCGGAAGAUUUGAGCGCGUGGAGGCCAUUUAAGUGUAAGACGACGUACGGGAUGUUUCAAAACGCGGUGGAGUUUGAAUCGGACGUGAAAGAUUGGGGCUUGUCCGCGACCGCGGAUACGAAGGAUAUGUUUUUAGGCGCGGCGAACUUCUUGGGACGGUUCACGUGCGAGCAUCCGUUGAACGGACCGCCGAGCACGUGCGAGGACGAGAAGAAGAAGACUGCGUUGGGCGAAAAGACGACGGUAACGAAGAUGACGACUUUGCGUGGCAGCGGCGGCAAAUCCAAGAAGAAAUCUUUCAAGCGCGUGGCGGCGAUGGGGUCGGACGAAGACGACGAAGACGCGGACAAAAUUGAGGAAGAAGUGACCACGGUAGCGUCCGAGGAUACGACGCACACUUCAUCGUCUUCCAUUCUUAACACCAACGAAGUCGACACCGAUGCAAUCGCCGACUCUGUCGACGGCGAAGAUGAGGAUGACGAGACUUCGGUGCCUUCGGACGUAUCCUACCCGCACAGUGAAGCGGAUGAACUCACUCCUUCCUCUUCUUCUUGGACGACAACGUCGUCAACUUCGUACGUUUCCUCUUCUUCCACGGAUCCGAACAUCAUAGAUUGCAGCGAUGGCGAUUGUCCACAAGGAACGGCGGAUAGCAUGAGCGAGUUGGGUCCAGAAGAUCGAGACGCAGUGAAGGAUGCUCUCGCGAUUGAUACGGAGUCUGUAUCAUUGAACAAAGAGUCCCCGUUCGUUACGUCCGAGAAGACUUUAGACGAAUUUACGGGUAAAACGGUCAAAGAAGAAGAAGAAGAAGAAGACGAAGACGACGACGAAGAUGAUGAUGAUGAUUCUGAUUCAGAGGUGAACGAUGAUAGCGAUGACGACGACGGCGGCGACGACAAUGAAACCGUCGAAGUUAGUAAAGAUCAAAUCGAAGAUCUCGUCGAAGAUAAAGAAGCCUUCGAUCAAGAGUUUGAGAGAUUCAUGAGUUCUUCGAAAGAGGAAGAUGCAGCAUCCGAAGCCACUGCGGCCACGGGUGAUGACGAAGAAGUAGAAGAGACGACGACGUCGUCUUCGAAGAAAUACUCGUCGCAUCACAAGAAAGAACAAGAAGAAGAAAACGAAGAAUCAGAACAAGUCGUCUCCGCCUCCAUGACCAACCCUUUUAAACUCAAAGCGGAUGGUACCGUUUCGAAAAAACAUGGCAAAAUUUCGGGAAGUCCCUCCUCCUCUUCCUCCUCGAGCAGAUCUUCGUUAUCGCGAAGUGAUUCGUUGACGGCGAAAAGACACCAUCUUCACGUGAUGGAUCAAAUCGGCGACGAAGAUGUGGACGAAGAGCUCGAGAGAUUAAAGAAGAAGUUAGACAGAUUACAAUCGGAAACGCCAGAAGAAAUGCAGGCCGAGCAUAAUUCGCACGGACACAAGCAGCUUGACGACAGUUCCUUUUAUCGGGCCGUAUCCAAGUGCAUCAUCGAGUCCGCCGCCGGUUUAUGCGUCGAAUACGGCGCGGUCACGCGAUUUGGUAUGAUGCCAGAUUGGGACGUUUCGAAAGUUUCAACCAUGACGCACGCGUUCCAGCACUAUGAAGAGUUCAACGCCGAUUUAUCGAGUUGGAACACGAAAUCUGUCACUGACAUGUCGUUUAUGUUUUACGAUGCCAAGAGUUUCAACUCGGAUAUUUCGGGUUGGAACGUCGCUGGCGUGACGAACAUGAAACAAAUGUUCCGAGGUGCGAAAUCGUUGAACCAAGACGUCGUCUCUUGGUUUGCCAAUCGCCCAUCGUCUCAGAUGAAAGUCUUAAACAUCGACGGUAUCUUUGACGGCGCGGAAAAGAUUGAAGCGGCGUACGAGUGCGGUUUGAGUAAAUUUUUAGACAACGCGAUGGACAUGUGCAGAUUUUCGAACGCCGCCAGAGGCGCGAAAGCGAGCGCGAAGGCGGCGGCAAAGGCGAGGGCCAAGGCGGGCGCCAAAUCGAGUGCCAAAACUGCGGCCAAGUCCGGCGCCAAAGCCACCGCGCGUGCCAGCGAAACCGCCAGAGACGCCUCGGAAGCUGAACUCGGUUCGUCUCAAAGCUUCCCUCGUUUGGGAUGGAACCUUCCGAGAGAGGAAGCGUCUUCGUCUACCGACGGCGCCGGUUUCGCCACGCUCUACGUGUGCGUCGGCAUGGCCAUGGUCGCCGUGGCUAUUCGCGCGAAGCGUGAUUCUAUCGUACGCACGAUGGAGUCGCACUUCUAUUCUUCUCCUUUGGAGAAACACGUGGAAGAAAAAGAAGAAGAAGAGGAAGAGAACCAAAACAUCAUCAUUAGCAACAACACGAACACAUACGGAACAACGCUUAGCGAGGAGGAGGAGGAAACUCUCUUGUAA